AUGGAUAAGCCCACAAAAAAACAUAUAGAAUUUUGUAUUAAAAGAAUUGAAGAUAUUUUAAGUUUUGGAAUUAAGAAAAUUGUUCUAGUUUUUGAUGGACAUAAACUUCCUUCUAAAGAACAAACUGAAUAAAUAAGAAAAACGAAUAGAGAAGAAGCUAGAUAAGAAGCUUUAAAACUUAUGGAAGAAGGUAAAAAAGAAUAAGCUUUUAAAAAAUUCGCAAGUUCAGUUGAUGUUACAGCUUAAAUGGCAUAUGAUUUAAUAAAAGUAUUUGAAGGUCGAUAAGAUGUAGAAUGCAUUGUAAGCCCAUUUGAGGCAGAUGCUUAAUUAGCAUAUUUAAGUAAAACAAAUUAUGUAGAUUUAGUAGUAAGUGAAGAUUCAGAUUUAUUAGCAUUUGGCUAUAGUAAAUUUGAAUGA